AUGAGUCUAAAAUACGGUUACGAACUUGAUGAAAAUGCAGGUGAUCAGCUUGGCCAUCUCGUUGUUCCACCUCUCUUGAAGGAAAAAAUCACCCUUUCCGGUAUCAACAACACAAACCGAUGGGUGUUUUACGGAACUCGACCAGAAAUUCUAGAAUGGUUCCGCCAACAUACAAACAUUGAAUUUGAAAAUACAAUGUUUACGGGAGGUCAACCCGAAACGUUCAAGACAGACGCAGAGUUGGUGAUUGAUCUGAUGUACUACAAGGACCCGGAACAAUCCACGGUGCAAUACUUGAAGUCAUUUGUGGUCACUGAUUAUGAGAACGAGCGUGUCAAGGUGGAAGUCCGACCAAGGGUUGACAGUCGAGAUCAAGCUAUCCAGACACUGUGUCGAGUGAUCGUGCGGAGUGGUGUGAAAGCAGGCGAUAUUGUCGCUGACCUAGAAAGAGAAUGGUACAAACCGGUACCAUCCUUUGCCCGUCAAACCAUGGACUUGAUCAACGAUAACCCCGGUCCAGUAACAGUGCUGAGUGCCGAUGCUCCUCGAUCAGUUAGCACUAGCUAA